AUGGGAAUCAAUACUGCCAAGCCAUUUCUCUUCUUUGUUCUGCUUUUACUCAGAGCAUACUUCUCCAUUGCAGUUGAUACCCUUUCGAAAGGUCAGUCCCUUUCAGCGAUGAAUACCGACAGCAUAUCAUCUAAUGGUAGCAUAUUUGAACUGGGAUUCUUCAAACGAGGUACUCCUCCAAAAUUCUACCUGGGGAUAUGGUUCAAACGCUUAGUGGGCGAGAGGAUUGUUUGGAUAGCAAAUAAAGAAAAACAUUUGUCUGACCCAUCUUCUUCAAGACUCGAAUUCUCAGAAGAUGGCAAUUUAGUCCUUCUUGAAGGUUCCUACAAGAUGCCAUUUUGGUCCACAAAUUUGCAGAAUCUUCCUUCAAAUUCAACUGAAGCAGUACUUCGUGAUGAUGGAAAUUUCGUUUUAAGAGAUAGAUCGAACGUUUCUGCUAUAUUUUGGGAGAGUUUCAACCAUCCAACUAAUACAUGGCGGCCGGGUGCAAAGCUGGGGAUGGAUAAGGCUGGAAAAGUACCGAAACAGCUUAUUUCAUGGAAAAAUUCAGAAAAUCCAUCACCAGGUGUGUUCUCGUUGAGACUAGACCCAAAUGAGAGUAACCAAUUUAUCUUGGAGUGGAACAGGUCCCAAGUUUAUUGGAGAAGUGGAGUUUGGAAAGGAAAAUCUUUCAACUCCUUCCCUGAGAUGAGGGGGUUGAAUCAUAUAUGUAACUUCAGUUUCGUGUCAAAUGAAAAAGAAACCUAUUCUACGUACUCUCUUUAUAAUACUUCACGCAUGUCCCAAUUUUUGAUUACUUCUAAUGGACAGAUCCAGCAAUACAUGUGGCUGUCCUCUGCUGAGCCGUGGUUUCUAUUUUGGGCUCAACCAAACUCACUAUCUGAUGUCUAUGCUUUGUGUGGUCCAUUUGGCAUAUAUCAUGAUAAUACAUCUCAUCCUUGUGAUUGUCCAAAAGGUUUUGAACCAUUUUCAGAUACUCAGACCAGACUAAACGAUUGGUCCGGUGGUUGUUUGAGGAGACACCCUUUGCAAUGUGAAAAUCGUAAUGCCAAAAAAGAUUGGUUUCAGAAAAUACCCAACACCACAUUGCCAAUUAACUGGAAAGCAUAUUCGACAGUCGGUGCUCGGAGAUGUGAAUUAGCUUGCAUAAAUAGUUGUUCUUGCAUAGCUUAUGCUCAUAACAACAGCGGGUGUAUGAUAUGGGAAGGAACUCUUUUGAACUUGCAGCGACUCUCAGAUGGUGGCAAGGUUGGUCAAGAUAUAUAUCUCAGACUUGCUGCUGAUGAGCGUCAAAAUACCAAAGGCAACAAAUGGAUAGUAUGGGUGAUUGUGGCCGUGCUGGUCCUUGCAACAGGGCCACUCUUAUGCCUCUUCCUUUGUUUCUCAAGCAAGAGAAAACUCAAACGCAGAGGAGAGGAGGCUUCAAGCAAUGAUAUACUGUUAUAUGAUUUUAGUACUGAACUUCAAGCAAUCAAUGAUGCAACAAACACUAGAGAUAAUGCAAAGAAAAAAGGAAAGAAGGAUGCUGAGUUACCGCUAUUCAGCUAUGAGAGCGUAUCAGCUGCAACUAAUAAUUUCUCAACUGCAAAUAAGCUUGGAGAAGGAGGUUUUGGGCCUGUCUACAAGGGGAAGUUGCUUAAGGGUCAAGAAAUUGCAGUUAAAAUGCUUUCAAAAAGAUCUGGACAGGGGCUUGAGGAGUUUAGAAACGAGACAAUACUAAUUGCAAAACUCCAGCAUAGAAAUCUUGUCAGACUCUUGGGUUGCUGUGUCGAAGGAGAUGAAAAAAUACUAAUAUACGAGUACAUGUCCAAUAAAAGUUUGGAUUUCUACCUUUUUGAUCCAACCAUGAAAAGGAUGUUAGAUUGGAAAACACGCAUACACAUUAUGGAAGGGAUUGCUCAAGGACUUCUCUACCUUCAUCAAUAUUCAAGGUUUAGAAUCAUACAUAGAGAUUUGAAACCCAGUAACAUUCUCUUAGAUAGUGAAAUGAACCCGAAAAUAUCAGAUUUUGGCAUGGCUCGAAUAGUUGGAGACAAUGAAACACAAAGCAAAACAAAUCGAAUUGUUGGAACUUACGGCUACAUGUCUCCUGAAUAUGCUUUGCGGGGUUUGUAUUCAGUAAAGUCUGAUGUGUUCAGCUUUGGAGUAUUACUACUAGAGAUCGUGAGUGGCAAGAAGAAUACAUGCUUCUAUAACAACGAGUCACUCUACCUUCUUAGCCAUGCAUGGGAGUUGUGGAGAGACGGUAGAAGUCUGGAGCUAAUGGACUCAACAAUAGGGUAUCCUUCCUGCACUUCCAUCAUGGUGAGGUACAUUAACAUCGGGCUACUUUGCGUUCAAAAAAGUCCAUCUGAUCGACCUACCAUGCAUGAUGUGGUCUCCAUGAUUAGUAAUGAACAUGCACCUCUGCCUAUACCCAACCAGCCUGCUUUUACCACAAGCCGGAGUUUGAUGAUGAAAGCAAAUUCAACAAUUAAUUUUGCAGAAGAUCCCUCAAUAAACAGCACAACUGUUUCAGUAAUAGAAGCUCGAUGAAUGGCACUGUUUCAUUUAUCAAAAGGUUUUUUUUUUUUUUUUUUAAUUAUUUAAUUUUUCUCCAAGAGCGGACCUUUUUUCUUAAUCUAAUAUUUAUGCACAUUGAUCUGUUACUAACUUAUUACCGUUCUUCAUCUUAAUCUACCCCUACAUUUGUUUACGAUAAUAGGAGACGGGGAGCUGCUCACCUCUAAUUGUACCACUACUACCCUUGCC